AUGGAGGAUGUCUCCGCGCUCAUUCAAGAGGCCAUUCCCUCCGCGGAUGCCGCAGAUCCUCCAGCUGAGCUCACAGCUCCUGCAAAGAUCCGGAUCAUCCUCCAGCGGAUGAGUGGAGAGGAGUCAGAGGUUCACCUGCCGGCAGAUGCGACGCUGCAAGACCUGCGAAAGGAGGUCGAGACGUCAAGCACCGUUGGUCAGUGCGCCUUCCGCCUACUUUUUAACGGCACGCCUCUGGGUUGGACAGCCAGCGCCGCACUGACAUUGGCGGAGCUGGGCAUCACGGACGGCAGCGUGUUGAUCCUCAUGAAGGAGCCAUCGAGGAACUACGCACGGAUUGAGAAGCCAGAGUAUGUCCUGCGAAGCGACCAGUAUCCAAACGGAUUGGCAUUCGACCCUCGCGGAAGGCUUGCGGUGGCGCACUAUUAUGGCUCGCUUGAGGUUUGGGAUACUGACUUCGCCACCAAGCUUUACAAGGGCCAGAUGGGAGGAGGAAGCGAGCCCAGCCAGAUCUGCUUCAGCCCAGGUGGCGAGCUCGUGGUGGCAUUCCGGAGCGGCUAUGUACAGUUGCUGGCCCCUGACGACUACAGCCCGAAGGGCCCGCCGUUGCGUCCCCCUUCGGAUGCCUUUCAUCCGUCCGGCCUCGCUGUGGUUGGAGAUCGGGUUUUCGUGAGCUGCUCUAGAACUUCGACGCUCCACCAGUUCAGCUUGCGCGACGGAAGCCAUCUGGAGCAGCGGAAAGGUGGAUCUUACUGGGAGCUGCAAGAGCCGAGUGGCAUGGCAGUGAUCGAGGAUCGCAUCCUGGCGAUUGCCGACCGCGGGCUGCACCGCGUGCUGCUCCUGGAUGCAGAGAGCCUGGAUUUCCAUGGCAUGGUCCCAGAUCCCCAGACUUGGCGGUCCAAAGCCGCUCCGGGAGCCUUGCGGAAGCCGAACGACGUGGCCGUCGACGCGGCAGGCAAUCUGCUUGUCAUGGACACCCAGAACGAGAGGGUAGCCGUGUAUCGCCAGGAUGGCACCCUCGUGGCCAGCGUCAUGCAGGGUUUCUUCAAGGACAAAGGCAACACCUUCAGCUACCUCUCGUGCAAUCAUGAAACUGGGCACAUUGCCAUCUCCAACAACGAUGAGCACCGGGUUGCGGUCCUGGCGCCACCGUGA